AUGAUCAUACGGCAAUUUGGUCUGCGGCAGGGCCGCAAUGUCUCUCAAGCCUCCCGAAGACUUCUCCGAUUCUCGUCCACUGAAACAACAACGCCAACGACGACGACGACGACCACCACCACCACCACGACAAUAACUGCAGAAGAGGCAUUACCCUUGGGACAAGAUGUCCAAUUGAGCUCUGCCGUAACAGAAACCGUCGCAGUAUCCAGCAUUUCAACCAAACCUCGUCCUCUGAACGCCCGCAAAGCUUUCAUACAAGCUGCCCGACAACGCCAAAAACAAAAAUCCAUCGGCACAACAAUCUCUCAAACCUACGACCCAAACCACCUCCUCAAAUCACCCCCCAAACCCUCCGAAGUCACUCUCGAGCUCCUCCUCGCCUCCCAAACCCAUUUGGGCCAUACAACCUCACGCUGGAACCCACAAAACUCGCGCUACAUCUUCGGUAUCCGUGAAGGUGUGCACAUUAUCUCGCUAGAUGUGACAGCCGCGUACCUCCGUCGAGCCGCCAAGGUAGUCGAAGAAGUCGCUCGACGCGGUGGCUUGAUUCUCUUCGUAGGUACCCGGCCCGGUCAGAAGGAGUGUGUUGUUCGCGCCGCGGAGAUGACGAAGGGGUAUCACGUCUUCGAGCGCUGGAUUCCGGGCAGUUUGACGAAUGGACAACAGAUUUUGGGAAACUGUGAAAUCAAGGUCGUGAAUGCGCUUGAUCAGGAAUUGACGGACUACAAGCAAUAUAUUUCGACAACCACAAACGCCGAUGCGGCAAGACCAGUCCUCAAACCAGAUCUUGUCAUUUGUCUCAACCCGGUUGAGAAUGAGGUGCUCUUGCAUGAGUGCGGAAUCCAUAAUAUUCCUACAAUCGGUGUCAUAGAUACCGACGCGGACCCUACACGGGUUACGUACCCGAUCCCGGCGAAUGAUGAUAGUCUUAGGAGUGUGCAGCUUAUUGCCGGCGCGCUUGGUAGGGCCGGAGAGGAAGGCCAGAGAUUGAGGUUGAUGGAGGCUGCGAAGGGGAAGUUCACCUAUACGCCUGUUAAGGAGAAGGAUAUCAAGCCUUCGACGGAGGGAGAGCAGUAA